AUGAAAUUUUUACUUACUCUUACUUUAAUUAAUUUCACACCUUUUUUAUUAAAAUCUGCCCUUGCUAAUGCUGAUACAAAUCCUUUUAAAUGUGAGUGGGCACAUAAAAACGGAGAAAGUGGAUGGCAAUGUAAUAAUGGAGGAUUUUACUCUGAUGAACAGCAAAUGUAUGAUGCUUAUGGAAGUGGUAGUUAUACGUCAUUUAAAAAAGAGGAACCUGACUCUGUUAAAGACAGUACUGGUUGGCCAAUUGAUCUGAAAACUCUAAAACAAGGUAUUCUUGAAAAGAUUAAUCAAAAAAGAGAAGAACAUCAGGUACCAGUUUUAAAAGAAGACGAAAAUCUUAGGAAAAAUGCUCAAAAUACUGCUAAUAAGCUUAUUGAUUCUGGAGAUAUAAAUGAUUCAUCUAUUCCCAAAGAAAAUGGGGAAAGUCGUGCUUGUCUUGAUAAAAGUCAAAUUAACAGUGUAGUCAAGAAUUGGUAUGAAGAAGGAAAUAAAUAUAAAUAUGAAUCUCCUGAUGAUAAUAACGAAAACGAAACAGGUGACUUUUCACAGAUGGUAUGGAGGAGUUCGCAAUCUCUUGGAUGUGGCAUCGCAAACAAAGAUUCAAAAUAUUGUAUUGUUUGUAAAUAUUACCCACCAGGUAAUGUACGAGGUCAAUAUUCUUCUAACGUUAAGAAAGAUUAUGGCACUGUCAACUUUAGCUUUUAA